CGGGACUCUUUCCUGCUCAAACUCUCAUUAGAGAAGGGGGUGUGCGUGCGCGGGACGUCCAGAUAUACGGUUACCGCGAACCGAAACUGACAGUCCCAUCUUUUAAGACUAGCUAGUGAGCGUUUGAAACCAGAGUGCAAACAUGUCGUGGCAGAGUUACGUGGAUAACCUGAUGUCGGACGGCUGCUGCCAGGACUCCGCCAUUGUUGGGUGCAGCUCGGACUCUAAAUACGUGUGGGCAGCGCAGGAGGGGGGCACAUUCGUAAACAUCACGCCCUCAGAAAUCGACAUCCUAGUAGGGAAAGACCGAGAAAGUUUCUUCACCAAUGGCCUGACCUUAGGUUCAAAGAAGUGCUCAGUUAUCCGAGACAGCCUCCUGGUCGACGGUGAUUGGACCAUGGACAUUAGGACGAAGAGUCAAGGAGGAGAGCCCACGUACAACGUCGCCGUCGGCAAAGCAGCCAAAGCAUUGGUUAUUGUCAUGGGCAAGGAAGGCACCCAUGGAGGGCUGCUCAACAAGAAAGCGUAUCACAUGGCUGAAUACCUGAGGAAAUCUGGAUACUAAGACACCUCCCAAUCCUAGCUGCUCAUUCUGCUAACCUUCCUAAAUGAGAUUUGCUCCAUCAUCCAUUGGUUUUCAACUCUACUUCCAUUUUUGUGCAACCCAAACCCUGUUUCUUUCUCAUAAAUGUCCAUUUAUUGUGUCCGGCCCCAUUUUGGCACUGCGAUCCCAUGACGCGUUUCAGACCAGAUGCUAGCGUGAAGACUUCAAGUCUGGUUUCUGCUCAUUCGUGAACGUUUUUGGGAGUGUAGUUGAAUGCCAAGGGCUUGAGCUAAACUCAGACUCCCAGUCCUAGAUCAAAUCUGGGAACGGUGGACCGUAUGCACCUCUUCAAGACCACCGAAUGAACCCUAGUUAGGCUGGACGGCGUAUUUAGUGGUUUUGUCACAAUAAAUAUGGCGUCUGCACUAACCAACCUCAGUUUAGUUGAUCUUCCUCAACCCGAAGUGUGUCAGGAACCGCAAACGUAACACUUUCUGAAUUACAGAUUGAUGUUUUUCCCCCAAGGUCUGGAGUUCAGGCCUCGUUUAGUUGGCUUUACUCUUAAUUUUUGGGCUGCAGGUAGCAUUUUCCCACCGAAUCAACCCCACAAUUGAAUGUGUAUUGGCAUUCCGUCAUCGCACAUACUUUGCUAGCUUAUGUAAUAUGUAUUUUAUACAUUUUCAAGACGACUGCCAUUUCAGAUCGUGGCUGUCGGCGGUUUGGAGUAUAGUUUGACCAAUUUUUGUCACUUCUUGGGCUAUAUACGCACUACUAUAAACGCUAACUGAUAAAACACUAGCAUCUGAUCACAGACUCCACGUCAACACUUGAAUCGAAUUGAACCUGUACUGUCAUGACUGCGGACUGAAUUGCCUUCGAGUCGUCAGCGAUACAACUGUCUCUCAAAACUUAUUGCUUCAUCAAGUCCAAAUGUUCAAGUGUGACACCCAUAAUGUGUAUCCUGUGCCAUAAGGGAAUCAAAGGGAAUCGUAGAGAAUCAAACAUCUUCCCGAAUGAUUUUGUCGCUGCUUCUUUCAGGGGUUUUUAGUAUCAGCUGGAGCUCUGGCAUUGUGGCUGAUCUGUACAGGUGACUCUGGUGGGUUUCUUUAUUUCCCUGUACUUUUUCACACAUCUUGGAUACAUUCUGAUUUCAUAUGCAUAAACUGAGAAAUGCCAUACAUUAAUAUCACCACCUUGUUUACAGACAGAUUAAAUAAACCUAUUCCAACCCA